AUGCCACCCACAGUGCAGGACUUGAAUAUAGGUCAUUGCACUGCACUUCGCAACCUCGAUUUGCUGCAGGUGCAUGGAAUAUCUUUGGCAGAGAUCCUGCGCAUCAUUUCCCCCAAUUGCCACCUCCACAAACUUGACAUAUUCAUGAUUCCAGGAGAAGUGGAUUGCGAGUGGGAGAGCGCAGCCCGUAUCCUGGACGAGCCGCAGUUUCUCACACUGCGGGAAUUCAGGCUGGACGUUCGCGAAAUUGUCGAGGAAGGGAAGCGGCGCAUUUCGGACUGCUUCGAUGCCUUGCGUCGGCGAGGUGUUGACUUUAGGCUGUUUUUCGACCAAUACCCUUAUCAUGGUGAUUCACCCACUAUAUCAGCAGGCCAAUCGAAAACUCCGGAGCUGCAAGUUGAAGACGAACAGUCGUCUGGAGUGCCUCUUACAUCUAGCGAUGACGUGCAUCAAUCGAGCGUCUGA